CGGCGGAGACGGUUUCUCCAUCUUCCCCCCUCCCCUUCCCCCUCGGAGUUUCCCUUCCCUCCCUCCCUCCCUCCUUCCCAGGUCUGGGCACCAGGGCCUGUGACCGCUUCGUGAGAGGAGAGGAGGCUGCCAGUCCGCUUUGGUCGGGCCUGUGCCCCGCGCCGUCUCGGGGCCUCCCUGCUGAGUGGCGAGGCUCACGCCGAGAGGGACACGCAGUGCUGAGCGGCCAAAGGAGCUUUGCGGUUUUGUAGUGCAUUCCUGAGCAUGAGCGCAGAAUGAAGCGACGUUUGGAUGACCAGGAGUCACCGGUGUAUGCGGCCCAGCAGCGUCGGAUCCCUGGCAGCACAGAGGCUUUCCCACACCAGCAUCGGGUGCUUGCCCCUGCCCCUCCUGUAUAUGAAGCAGUGUCUGAGACCAUGCAGUCAGCUACAGGAAUUCAGUACUCAGUAACACCCAGCUACCAGGUUUCUGCUGUACCUCAGAGCUCUGGUAGUCAUGGGCCCACCAUAGCAGCGGUUCAUAGCAGUCAUCAUCACCCAACAGCUGUCCAGCCCCAUGGAGGCCAGGUGGUCCAGAGUCAUGCCCAUCCAGCCCCACCAGUUGCACCAGUGCAGGGACAGCAGCAGUUUCAGAGGCUCAAGGUGGAGGAUGCACUGUCCUAUCUUGACCAGGUGAAACUGCAGUUUGGUAGUCAACCUCAGGUCUACAAUGAUUUCCUUGACAUCAUGAAGGAAUUUAAAUCUCAGAGCAUUGACACUCCAGGAGUGAUUAGCCGUGUGUCACAGCUCUUCAAAGGCCACCCUGACCUGAUCAUGGGUUUCAAUACCUUCUUGCCACCUGGCUAUAAAAUUGAAGUACAGACCAAUGACAUGGUGAACGUGACAACUCCUGGCCAGGUUCAUCAGAUCCCCACCCAUGGCAUUCAGCCCCAGCCUCAGCCACCCCCCCAACAUCCUUCUCAGCCUUCAGCCCAGUCAGCCCCAGCUCCUGCCCAACCUGCUCCUCAGCCUGCACCUGCCAAAGUCACCAAGCCUUCCCAGCUACAAGCACAUACUCCAGCCAGUCAGCAGACUCCCCCACUCCCACCAUAUGCAUCCCCACGUUCUCCACCGGUCCAGCCUCAUACACCUGUGACAAUCUCAUUAGGAACAGCCCCAUCCUUGCAGAACAAUCAGCCUGUGGAAUUUAAUCAUGCCAUCAACUAUGUUAAUAAGAUCAAGAAUAGAUUCCAGGGCCAACCAGACAUCUACAAAGCUUUCCUGGAGAUUUUGCACACAUAUCAGAAAGAACAACGCAAUGCCAAGGAGGCUGGAGGAAACUAUACUCCAGCUUUGACUGAGCAGGAAGUGUAUGCCCAGGUGGCUCGUCUCUUUAAAAACCAAGAAGAUCUGUUGUCAGAAUUUGGACAGUUUCUACCAGAUGCCAACAGCUCUGUGCUUUUAAGCAAAACAACUGCAGAGAAGGUUGAUUCUGUGAGAAAUGACCAUGGGGGUACUGUGAAGAAACCCCAACUCAACAACAAGCCACAGAGGCCCAGCCAGAAUGGUUGCCAAAUCCGCAGGCACUCUGGAACAGGAACCACACCUCCAGUGAAGAAGAAACCUAAACUGCUCAGCCUAAAGGAUUCUUCUAUGGCAGAUGCCAGCAAGCAUGGCGUUGGAACUGAAUCAUUAUUUUUUGAUAAGGUGCGAAAGGCUCUUCGGAGUGCAGAAGCCUAUGAAAAUUUCCUGCGUUGUCUUGUUAUCUUUAACCAGGAGGUGAUCUCUCGGACAGAACUUGUGCAGCUAGUCUCUCCUUUUCUGGGGAAAUUCCCUGAAUUAUUUAAUUGGUUCAAAAACUUUCUGGGCUAUAAGGAAUCUGUACAUCUGGAAACCUUUCCAAAGGAACGAGCCACAGAGGGCAUUGCCAUGGAGAUAGAUUAUGCCUCUUGUAAACGGCUUGGCUCCAGCUAUCGAGCCUUGCCCAAGAGUUACCAGCAGCCCAAGUGUACAGGACGGACUCCUCUCUGUAAAGAGGUUUUAAAUGAUACCUGGGUUUCCUUCCCAUCAUGGUCUGAAGACUCCACCUUUGUCAGUUCCAAGAAGACUCAGUAUGAAGAACAUAUUUAUCGUUGUGAAGACGAACGCUUUGAGCUUGAUGUAGUUUUAGAGACCAAUCUGGCAACAAUCCGGGUUCUAGAAGCAAUACAGAAAAAACUUUCUCGUUUGUCUGCUGAGGAACAAGCCAAAUUUCGCUUGGAUAACACCCUUGGGGGUACUUCGGAAGUCAUCCAUCGAAAAGCACUCCAGAGGAUAUAUGCUGAUAAAGCUGCUGACAUCAUUGAUGGUCUGAGGAAGAAUCCCUCCAUUGCUGUUCCUAUUGUCCUUAAAAGGUUGAAGAUGAAAGAGGAAGAAUGGCGAGAAGCUCAGAGAGGCUUUAACAAGGUGUGGCGAGAGCAAAAUGAGAAAUACUACUUGAAGUCUCUGGACCACCAGGGCAUCAACUUUAAACAAAAUGACACCAAGGUCCUGAGGUCUAAGAGCUUACUCAAUGAGAUUGAGAGUAUUUAUGAUGAGAGGCAGGAGCAGGCUACAGAAGAAAAUGCUGGUGUACCUGUUGGUCCACACCUCUCACUUGCCUAUGAAGACAAACAGAUACUAGAAGAUGCCGCUGCUCUGAUUAUCCAUCAUGUGAAGAGGCAAACAGGCAUUCAGAAGGAGGACAAGUACAAAAUCAAGCAAAUCAUGCAUCAUUUCAUUCCAGAUCUGCUCUUUGCUCAGAGAGGUGAUCUUUCUGAUGUAGAAGAAGAAGAAGAAGAAGAGAUGGAUGUAGAUGAAGCCACAGGAGCAGCCAAGAAGCACAAUGGUGUUGGGGGCAGUCCCCCUAAGUCCAAGCUACUGUUUAGUAACACAGCAGCUCAGAAGUUAAGAGGGAUGGAUGAAGUAUACAACCUCUUCUAUGUCAAUAAUAACUGGUAUAUAUUUAUGCGACUACACCAGAUUUUGUGCUUGAGGCUGCUGCGGAUUUGUUCCCAAGCUGAACGGCAAAUUGAAGAAGAAAACCGAGAGCGAGAGUGGGAACGUGAAGUGCUGGGCAUAAAGCGAGACAAGAGUGAGAGCCCCGCAAUCCAAUUACGGCUCAAAGAACCUAUGGAUGUUGAUGUAGAAGAUUAUUACCCAGCAUUCCUGGAUAUGGUGCGAAGCCUGCUUGAUGGCAACAUAGACUCAUCACAGUAUGAAGAUUCACUGAGAGAGAUGUUCACCAUUCACGCCUACAUUGCCUUUACUAUGGACAAACUUAUCCAGAGCAUCGUCAGACAGCUGCAGCACAUUGUCAGUGAUGAGAUUUGUGUGCAGGUGACUGACCUUUACCUGGCAGAAAACAAUAAUGGGGCUACUGGAGGCCAGCUAAACACACAGACUUCGAGGAGCCUCUUAGAGUCAACCUAUCAGCGGAAGGCAGAGCAGCUUAUGUCAGAUGAGAACUGCUUCAAGCUUAUGUUCAUUCAGAGCCAAGGCCAGGUUCAGCUGACCAUUGAACUUUUGGACACAGAAGAGGAAAACUCAGAUGACCCUGUGGAAGCAGAGCGUUGGUCAGACUAUGUAGAACGAUAUAUGAAUUCUGAUACUACCUCUCCUGAACUUCGUGAACAUCUGGCACAGAAACCAGUAUUUCUUCCAAGGAAUUUGCGGCGAAUCCGUAAGUGUCAGCGUGGUCGAGAACAACAGGAAAAGGAGGGAAAAGAAGGAAACAGCAAGAAGACCAUGGAGAAUGUGGAUAGCCUGGAUAAGCUGGAGUGCAGAUUCAAGCUCAAUUCCUAUAAGAUGGUAUAUGUGAUCAAGUCAGAGGACUACAUGUAUCGCAGAACUGCUUUGCUCCGGGCUCAUCAGUCCCAUGAGCGUGUAAGCAAGCGUCUGCAUCAAAGGUUCCAGGCCUGGGUAGAUAAAUGGACCAAGGAACAUGUGCCCCGUGAAAUGGCAGCGGAGACCAGCAAGUGGCUCAUGGGUGAGGGGCUGGAGGGCCUGGUGCCCUGUACCACCACCUGUGACACAGAGACCCUGCACUUUGUGAGCAUUAACAAGUAUCGUGUCAAAUACGGCACAGUAUUCAAAGCCCCUUAACUGCAAAACCAGAGAAGAUAACUUGAGGGUAUGUGUGUGUGUGUGUGUGUGUGUGUGCGCGCGCGCGCGCGUGCGUGCAUGUGCACACACUCAUGUGCGCUCACACACACUGAAGAAGCAAGGACAAUGCCUUUCAAGCCUCACUGGUCUCCCUGAGACAUGGCCACUGAUACAAGCUGGCACCAAGUAGGAUGCACAUAAGGAAUGUGAAUACUAUACAAAGCUGGAGCUGGCGCUUUUCCCAGGGGAUUUUUGGGCAUUUGCCUGCCCUGGAGAGGAAGGAAGUCCAUGCAAGCACAGAGAUAAUGUGGCUUGCUUGCACACACCAGCAGAGUUAAGACUAGUCUCCUGACCGUCGAUGAGAAAACCAGAUGCUAUUCACAUUUUGACUGGAUGGAGGUGCAUUUACAAAACAGAUUGGGGAAGGACUUAACAAUCAAAUGGAUUGUAACUGUGAUGGUCAGCACUCCUCUCCAUCCCUCCAAAAAGGAAAAAAAGGCUGUAUUUGAUCUCCCCCCCACCCCCACCCCUUCCUGGUCACUUGAGCACAUCUAAGAUCACCCAUUAGGUUUUAUCUGGGACUUGCAGUUUGGCUUAGGGAUUAAUCAUCUUGUGGAUUUGAUUCCUGACAAAUCCCUUGCUGCCCACCCUCUCUCCUUUGGUUCUCAACUUCAACAAGUUCAAAUCAGUUGUCCUUUUUAGCUCCCGUGGAACUGUUUUGUACCUGCUCCUUUACUAGUCUACCCUAGUGCCAUCCACCAGCUUUACUCUGACACACAUGCACACACACACAAUUUUAACUUUCUUUUCUUUUCUUUUUUUUGUAAAUAAUGUAUAUACUGUCAAUUUUUUAUUAAAAGAAAUAUGCUU